AUGCCGCCAAUGAUACCCGCUGCCAAGAAGGCUCCUUCGCUGAAGCUGCUCAUAGCGAGGUUGAACGAUGUCCAGGCUUCCUUCAACGACAUCAGGCGUUUCGUGGAGGACUAUGAGGAAACGUCAACGGUUACGGAUGUUGACAUCCGUUUAGAGAAAAUUGAUGAACUGUGGGAGAAGUUUUGUGACAAUUUAGUUGAGAUUAGGGCACAUGAGGAUUAUCUCGCGGAUGAGGAAUCAUACGAUAAAGAACGACAGGAGUUCAGUGAUAGAUAUUAUCGAGCCAAAUCAUUCCUCGUAGACAAAUCCAAAAGGUUGCAGGGUCCAUUGGUACCAGAGCAGUCCGUCCGAACAAACGAGUCAGUUGGUUUUGGUGCUGAUCGUGUGCGUCUUCCUCAAAUAAGUCUACCGUCGUUCAAUGGGGAUAUAGAUGAGUGGCUGAGUUUCCGUGACCUCUUCACUUCGCUCAUCCAUUAUAAAACUGAGUUGCCAGCAGUGGAAAAGUUCCACUACUUCAAGGGAUGUCUUCAGGGGGAACCGAAGAGCCUGAUAGACCCGCUGAAAAUUACGACGGCCAACUAUCAGAUCGCCUGGGAAAUGAUGUUGAAGCGGUUUGACAAUAGUAAACAGUUGCAGAAGCGUCAAGUUCAAGCACUGUUUCAUCUUCCAACAUUGACUAGGGAAUCGGUCAGCGAACUUCACACACUACUAGAGGGAUUCGAGAGGGUCGUGAAAAAUUUGGAUCAAGUGGUAGAACCAGAGGACUACAAAGAUCUAUUGCUGGUUCAUAUACUCACAGCACGACUCGACCCAGUAACACGUAGGGGCUGGGAGGAAUUCUCGUCGACUAAGGAACAAGACACGCUGUCUGAUUUAACGGAUUUCAUUCCGCAGCGUGUUCAAGUACUCGAAUCUCUUCCCAGUAAAUCGGUGGAUUCCAGAGGACCACAACAGUUUUCGAAACUAAGACCGGCGUCUACAAAGGCAAGUUACAGCAGCGUGCAAGGUACCGAAGCACGUUGUGUGGCAUGUAUAGGAGAUCAUCCGUUGUAUCAGUGUCCAGUGUUUCAACGUCAAGAGGUAGCGGAAAGAGACGCAUUAUUGAGAACCCAUUCGCUCUGCCGCAAUUGCUUCAGGGUAGGACAUCAGGCGAAGGAUUGCAAAUCAAGGUUUUCCUGUCGGACUUGCAAGGGUCGGCAUCAUACGUUGGUCUGCUUCAAGAUCGAUAGAGAAGGUUCCACGAAAGUUACGGUGGUCGCAAGGGGCAACCAUCAGCAGCAUAGCAAGGAAACAAAGUCAUCGGCAUCAAGUUCAACACAAACAGAAAAAGUGUCAACUAAAGCGGUUUGUUCUGCGCAGCAGUACUCAUCCCAGGUGUUACUGGCUACGGCUGUUGUCAUAUUGGUGGAUGAUAGCGGUCAGAGGUUCCCCGCCCGAGCAUUAUUGGACUCAGGGUCCGAAAGUAAUUUUGUUUCCGAACGGUUGAGUCAGCGGAUGAAUGUCAACCGAGAAAGGGUGGACAUAUCGGUCCUUGGAAUAGGACAAGCAGCGACUCAAGUCAAACACCGAAUUCGAGCGAUGGUACAGUCACGAGUUUCUGAAUACUGCCGAGACAUGGAUUUCCUAGUUUUGUCGAAAGUCACGGUGAAUCUUCCGACCUUGACGGUGAAUACAAAGGGGUGGUCGAUUCCAAAGGGCAUUGAACUGGCCGAUCCUGCAUUCUUCCAAUCCAAGGGUAUGGAUAUCGUUUUGGGUAUAGAAGCUUUCUUCGAAUUUUUUGGAACUGGUGGAAAGAUUUCGUUGGGUGAGAGACUACCAGCAUUGAAUGAAUCAGUCUUCGGCUGGGUAGUAUGUGGAGGCUUGUCGGUACCAAGUCAAUCCAUUCAGGUCAACUGCAACAUAUCCGCUUCGGGAAGUUUGGAGUCCUUGAUUGCUAGAUUUUGGGAAUGUGAAGAGAUUGGAUCAACAAAUCAUUAUUCACCGGAGGAAGUUCAAUGUGAGGAACAUUUUAAGCGAACGGUAAAGCGUGAAAUGGACGGUCGUUAUACAGUGGCUUUGCCCAAGGACGUUGGCGUUCUGAGCAGACUAGGGAAAUCCGAGGAAAUCGCACUACGACGACUUCAGGGAACGGAAAGAAGAUUAUCACGCGAUUCCAACUUACGGGAUCAGUAUUUGGCUUUCAUGCAGGAAUAUCUGCGAGUCGGUCAUAUGCGUAAGGUUGAAAAAGUUUCUGGUGAGGUUCAACGGUGUUAUUUGCCUCAUCACCCGGUAGUCAAGGAAGCCAGUACUACCACAAAACUACGGGUGGUCUUCGAUGCUUCGUGUAAAACCUCAACAGGAGUAUCGUUGAAUGAUGGAUUGCUGGUGGGGCCAGUGAUCCAAGAAGACCUACGAUCCAUCAUCAUUCGGUGCCGUACGAAACAGAUCAUGCUCGUUGCCGAUGUGGAAAAGAUGUUCCGGCAAAUCAACCUAGCCAUGGAUGAAGGCAGUCGUUUUCCAUUAGCAGCAAGGGCGGUGUGCGAGGAUGUAUACAUGGACGACAUCAUCACCGGUACAGAUGAAGCAAUGUCAGCAAUCGAGCUGAGGAUUCAACUCGACAAUAUGAUGAAUUCCGGUGGCUUUCACCUCCAGAAGUGGGCGUCAAAUCAUCCGAUGGUUUUGGAAGGAAUCGCAGAAGAUUCCUUAGCGAUUCGUGGAGUGGAGGGUAUCAACUUGGACCCAGAUCCGUCAGUGAAGACACUUGGCCUAACAUGGAUGACGAACACCGACACUUUCAGGUUCCAGUUCAACAUUCCGAUACUGGACACCAGCACAGGACUUUCCAAGCGAAAAAUUCUAUCAGUCAUUGCCACGCUUUUCGACCCUCUUGGUCUCUUGGGUGCUGUCAUAACCAGAGCCAAGAUUAUAAUGCAAUUAUUGUGGAUGUUAAAGGAUGAGAACGACGAAAAUUUGAACUGGGAUCACCCAGUCCCUUCGACGGUGGGUGAGACCUGGCGAUGUUAUCACCGACAACUAUCGCUAUUGAACGAAAUACGCAUUGAACGCUGCGUGAUCAUACCCGAUGCGAUCCUCGUCGAGAUACAUUGUUUCUUAGAUGCGUCCGAGAAGGCAUAUGGAGCAUGUGUCUACAUAAAGAGCAUGGAUUCGAGUGGAACUAUUAGGGUCAGAUUACUGUCGUCCAAAUCAAGGAUAGCUCCGAUGAAAACCCAAUCCAUCCCGAGAUUAGAGCUUUGUGGGGCACUUCUUGCGGUUUUACUGUUCGAGAAGAUUCGUGAUUCGACGAGAGUAGCAGCGCAAUCGUUUUUCUGGACGGAUUCGACGUGUGUCCUUCAUUGGAUAGCAGCAUCCCCAUCCACUUGGAAUGUUUUUGUCGCUAACAGGGUUUCGAAAAUCCAAACGAUAUCCGUUGGCUGUCAGUGGAGACACGUGUCAGGAGCUGAGAAUCCUGCGGACCUCAUUUCCAGGGGUAUAUCUCCUGAGGACAUCAUUGAGAACAAGGUUUGGUGGCAUGGACCAGCUUGGAUGGAGAAGGGUCCCGAUUAUUGGCCAACAUUUCCAGAGAAUUCUACGGUUGAAGAAGGUGAGGAAGAGAAGCGUCGUUCAGUAGUAACCAACAUUGCUUCUGAAAUGGUGGAAUUCAACGAUUGGCAUUACGGAGAUUCAUUUCAAGAAGAGGAAUAUGCACGGAUAUUUAUUCCGACAAUGGCACUAAUUUCGUCGGAGCUCGAAAUAAACUACGAGAAUUCCUGA